CUUGAACAAAACGCGGCUCAGUUCACCGUAGUUUCGACGAACUGAAGAGGAGGGAUAUAAGAAGUCUUUUCGGCCAGCAGCCACUGUGGUCUGCGUGCAUUGUGCUGUCAGGAAAUACCCUUGAACAGGCUAUUCAACUAGAAAACGACCUACCUUGCAGCAGGACUGACACUUGUCGACACGCCAAGACCUCGAUGUCAAUUCUGCAGUGAAGUUCAACCUUGAGGGACGGGUGAAAGAACUUGGAACAAGAACGCUUUACCUCUUGAAGAAAUAUCACCUUAAAAGAAGCAGUGUUUUUGCAUUGAGAGGCCCCUCAAAGCAAGUAGCUUCUCCAUCACUUUGAGCAGAGAGGAUGGACUCAGGGGUCAUGUGUAGUAAGGAACUUCGGCUGGUUCUCGUCGGAAAUACAGGAGCGGGCAAGAGUGCAUCAGGAAACACCAUCCUGGGCAGGAAACUCUUUGUGUCAGAGCUCGGUUUUAGCUCAGUCACCCAGAAAACUGAGUGUGGAGUCACUGAGCAUGUGGAGGAUUGUGGCCGGAAGAGAAAGGUGACAGUGGUAGAUAUGCCAGGGUUUGGGGACACUAACCUCACUGAAGAUGAAGUUCAUGAAGAAAUAGCCAAAUGUAUUCUUUUCUCAAAUUUUGCACCCGAAGCCUUUCUAUUGGUUGUAUCGAUCGGGCGUUACACAGAAAACGAAGCGCAGGCUGCCAUCAAUCUGGCAAAACUUUUUGGAGAAGAUGCCGUUAGACAUCACACAAUAGUUCUUUUUACCGGAGGAGAUCAUCUUCAGGGCAAGACUAUUGCAGAACACAUAAGAGAGGCUCCUGCUGGGCUCAGGGAUCUUAUUAGCAAGUGUGGGGGUAGGUACCAUGUGUUCAACAAUGAAAACUCCAGUGAUGUUGCCCAGGUUCAUGAACUCAUGUCAAAGGUGGACAGGAUGCUAAUGAAGAGUAGAACGGGGUUUUAUACUAAUCAAAUGUUUAAAGAGGCCCAGGCAUCCGUAAGCGAAGAGCAGGAUAGGAGAGGUGGCAGUAUUCCAGGAAGGUUUUCUCUUGAAAAGAAGUGUCAGAUUGUGAAACGCGUCGUCUACGCAGCCGGCAUCGGUGCAUUUUACGGAGCCAUUUUUGGUGCUCGCGCGGGUGUCAUUAUGGCCUCUGUAGGAGGAAUCAAAGGUUUUGGUGUGGGAGUACUCGCAGGUGCAUUUGUUGGUGGCGUGAUAGGUGUCGUCUCUGGUAUUGAGGCUGGGAGUAUGGAGGAGGCCAAACACAAUGUUCGUGAAAAAGUUAAUAAGGUCGGAGGUCUCAUAACUAAUGCUGUGUCUGCUUGUAAUAGUUUAACACCAAAAUGCCCUGCAAAGGCCAAGUCGACCUUUCCCAAGACAAACACUCGUGUUCGAGAAUUCUCAGGGACUUCUAGUGUUAAUAUGGUGACGAAAGUGCGAGCAAAAAAGACCAGUUAAAAUAGCUUGGAAAAGAGC